AUGGUCUGUGGGUGGCAGAAAGGGGAGAAGGAGGCAAUUCUGCUAUCGGACGUGCAGCGGCUGUGUGUGCUCAGCCUGUCGACGGGCCGGACCCAGCGGAAGAUCGGCAAGCUGCAGCCCCUGCUGAAGAACGUGCUCAGUGUGACCACCUCUGCCAACGGUUCGUGGCUGGCUGGAGUGCUCACCACAGGGGAACUCUUCCUAUGGAGGAAGGAUGCCGACUGUUUGAAGACGGUGGGGGCAGUGGAAGGAGUGAGCGCCUUGGCAGCGGCUGCCCAGAACUCCACUGUGAAGCUGUCCUUGUUUGUGUCCAACGAUGGAAAGCGGGUUCUCCUGCUCGCUCAGGUGGGAGCGGCGUUCCUUUGGGAGAGCCUGGAGGAGCAGGAUCUGCCGUCGGUCCCCGGAGCCCGGCUGGGUGGACGGUGGGCAGAGGUGCUGCCUGAUGGCCAGGCCAGUCUUCCCCAGGGUGAAGACAUGGAGAGUGCUGUCCAUGCCGUCUUUGUCGCCGAUGAGGUGCUGGGCGACUGCUGCCUGGCCUGUUUUGCCUUCAUCUCUGGGGAAGCUCUGGUGCUGACCACUGUGAGGCUGCAUUGGUUUGAACAGGUGGAACGCUGCAUCAGGGCGGCCCCGUUGCGGGUGCAGUGGGCGACACAGACGCAGCUUCUGGGGGAGCUGGUCCCCGCCUGCCAACCGGUGAAGUCACGAGGGGCACUGCUGGCAGCGUUCACCACCGACGGCUCACUCCUUGCCCUGGCUAUCAAUCAGAUCAACCCCAAGGCCACCCAGGUGCUGUUUGUGAAGCCAAUGAGUUGUGUGACUGUGUCGACCAGUCUGCAGGGAUGUGGCAGCACCGCCCGCCCUGUGCUAGCCUCGUCUGCCAGGUCCUACUGGGUGGCUGGGGUGAGCUGGACCCCAGACGGCCUCUUCCUGGCGUGCAUGCUGCAACGCGGAGCCUUGCUGAUGCUGUCCCGUCUCGGCGAGCUGGUGACGCUCACCACCUCUGGCUGCUCCGUGGAACUCAAGCGCGACUUCCAGACUCAAGCGCGACUUCCGGACUAA